AUGCCCUACACAUUUUACGACGGAUCCAUCGUGGUGAUCCAGAACCUCCUCAAGACCCUGUCCCACGUUCUCCACCAAGCCGAACAACGUCCCGAUGCCGACAGUCUUCUCACAGCCCGGCUUCGCGAGGACAUGUACCCAUUGACCGACCAAAUCCGCAUCGUCACUCAAUACUCCGAGAACCUAGUCGCAAGACUGACGGCUCGCGAGCCGGUGAACUACGAAGGCAGCCCGUUGAGAUUUGCGGAAUUCUACGAACGUAUCGAGGCAGUGCUGAAGGUUGCCAACGAGGCUGAUAAGGAUGUUGUUAAUGGACAAGCAGAAGUACUCAGUCCCACCUACGUCGGACCCCAGGCACAGAUUGACAUGAGUGGUGCUGCUUAUGCGCACAAUGUUGUUUUGCCCAAUGUUUACUUCCAUGUUGCUACUGCCUAUGGCAUUCUGCGCAAGGAAGGAGUUCCUCUGGGUAAGCGGGAUUACUUUGUUGGCUUCUUUGGCCCUCCAGCUUAA